CCCUUCACAACACGCCAAAGGGUAGAAAACAGAAGCCAAACCCAAGUUUACAAAAAUGGGUAAGAGCAAAAACUCUGAUGCUUUUUCUCUUCUCCUUCCCCUCCUCUUCUUCACUCUUGUCGGAACCUCUCAUGCCGGCGGCAUAGCCAUCUACUGGGGCCAAAACGGCAACGAGGGCACCCUUUCCGAAGCAUGUGCCACGGGAAGAUACACUCACGUCAACAUAGCUUUCCUCAACAAAUUUGGCAAUGGCCAAACCCCAGAAAUGAACCUGGCUGGUCACUGCAACCCCGCCACCAAUUCCUGCACAAAGUUCAGCGCUGAAAUCAAGGACUGCCAAAGCAAAAACAUCAAGGUGUUGCUUUCCAUAGGUGGUGGCAUUGGAAGCUACACUUUGGCUUCCGUUGAGGAUGCAAGGAACGUUUCAACCUUCCUGUGGAACACUUUCUUGGGAGGCAAAUCAUCAGCAAGACCACUAGGUGAUGCUGUGUUAGAUGGCAUAGAUUUUGACAUAGAACAAGGCUCAACAGAAAACUACGAGCACCUUGCACGUUUCCUUAAAGCGUAUAGUAGAAAAGGGAAAAGGGUAUACCUAGGUGCUGCCCCUCAGUGUCCAAUUCCCGAUAGGUUUUUAGGCACUGCCCUAGACACCGGCCUAUUUGACUUUGUUUGGGUUCAGUUCUACAACAACCCUCCAUGUCAGUAUGCUGAUGGGAACGUAACCAACCUUCUGAAUUCUUGGAACCGUUGGACUAGUACAGUACCGGCUGGGAAGAUAUUCUUAGGGUUGCCAGCGGCUCCGGCAGCCGCUGGCAGCGGUUUCAUCCCGGCCGAUGUGUUGACGUCUCAAGUCCUGCCGGUGAUUAAGGAGUCACCAAAAUAUGGUGGGGUGAUGCUGUGGUCAAGAUUCUUUGAUGUCCAGAAUGGGUAUAGUACUUCAAUUAUUGGAAGCGUGUGAAGUUGCAAUUCAACGGUGAAUUUUUUAUCUUCAAGUUGUGAUUUGAAAUGUAAUAGAUAUAAGAAAAAGAAUAAUGUUGUACUUUUGUGAAGUAGUUUAUGGUUAUCUGAAAUUGUAGGCGCAUGUUAUGUUGA